UAUCAUAUUUCUCAUAGUAAUCCCAGCACGCUCAAGUGUCACCUUUCUUCGAUCAGUCCAGCGCCGAAGAAACAAGAUAACGUUACCUAACGCAAAGUGAAAUAUGUGAAGUUCUUCCGGUCGUUCCAGCAGUACCAACCGCGAAAAUGAACCUUUUUGUGAUAUUGUGUCUCAUCUCCCUGACCUCUUCCAGAAGCUGGAUGGCCGAAAGUGCCUCUGGUCCUUCUCACAAUAAACUAGUCGUCUGCUAUCUUGGAACCUGGUCAGUGUAUAGGCCGGACCGAGGCUCCUUCACAAUAGAGCACCUAGAUCCCAGCUUAUGCACCCACAUCAUUUACUCCUUCGUGGGAUUGGACGUAAUAGAAGACAGCCCGAAACCCCUAGAUCCUUGGCAAGAUCUAACAGAAGAUUACGGAAAAGGUGGCUUCCAAAGAAUAACGAAACUGAAAAAGACCUUUCCUCACGUGAAAGUAACCGUUGCUAUCGGAGGAUGGAAUGAAGGAUCCACCAACUAUUCCCGUCUUGUCAGCGCUGAAAAAAGGAGAAGGAGAUUCGUGACAAACGCCCUCAAUUUUGUCAAGAAAUACAACUUUGAUGGUUUGGAUUUGGAUUGGGAAUUUCCAGCAAAACGUGGAGGAAGUCCAAGUGACAAAGACAACUUCCUGCUAUUAGUGAAGGAACUGAAAGCGGAAUUCAAGAAGCACAAUUUACUGCUGACUGCGGCCUUUGGGGCAGGAAAGGACACCAUAGACGUUGCCUACGACGUGGAAGGACUGGCCGCCUAUCUAGAUUUCAUACACAUGAUGUGCUACGAUUAUCACGGUGCCUGGGACCAGAAAACUGGGGCCAACGCCCCCCUUAAAAGUGAUGACGUACUCAGUGUGGAGUACUCGAUUGACUACAUGCUAAAACUAGGAGCGCCACCUAAUAAACUAGUCCUAGGCUUGCCCCUAUACGGUAGGACUUUCCUCCUAGAGAAGACUUUAGCGCCCAACCCAAAGAAAAAAGUCAAACUUGGCAUGCCUGCAACCAGUAUUGGAUUCCAAGGACCUUUUACGAGAGAGAAUGGAUUUAUGGGCUUCAAUGAGAUCUGUUUAGAACUGAACAACAAAACUGCAGGCUGGACUACAUACUGGGACAGUGAUACACAUACUCCAUAUGCCGUAAAUGGAAAUAAAGUAUUGACCUACGACAACGAAAGAUCUCUCAGAGAAAAGGUUAAAUUUGCUAUGCAGAAAAAACUGGCUGGUGUAAUGGUUUGGUCCAUAGAUACAGACGAUUUUCUAGGGGACUGCGCCAACACUGAACAGACUGACACAUAUUCAAACUUUUUACUUAUGAGAAGUAUAAACAAGUCUGUACAAGAAACUCAAAGUGAGAUUCAAGAGGAAGAAAAAGAGAAAAAUACAACAGAAGUUCCUGAUGACAGAGAAAAUGAAAUUGACAGUGAUAAACAUGUAAAGGAUGGUUCUAAUGUUGUUAAUGAUAAUUUUGCUUAUGUGAUAUUUUGUAUAUUGAGAUUUUUGUUUAUUUGAAUAAAUUUUAUUUUAAGUUUCUAAA